AUGGCGCCCGUGGAUCUGGGAGCAGGCUACGUGUUCCAACCCUGCGGCCGUCAGCUCGUCGACGGCUUCCUCAUCCCCAAGGCGGGGCUAGGCGGCUUCCUCAUCCCCGGCCUCAUCGACGAGGGCGUGGACGUCUUCUCGCUGCGCCCGCGCGCGCUCCCCUUCUGGCGCAUCCACAGGAGGCACGACGGCCAGGUGUGGGGCUUCUUCUUCGCGGCCCGGCCCGCCGCCGGCAACAAGUGCCCCGCGCCGGGCGGGUGCUGGGUGCGGUACGGCCGCGAGAAGGCGUACUACGGCCAGGACGGCGGCGGCGGGGAGCCGGUCGCGUUCAUGCGCAGGUUCGCGUACCGCAUCACGUGGAAGGGCGGCGCGGUGUCGGCGCCGACGCGGUGGCGGAUCAAGGAGUACCGGCUCAACACGGACGCGGCAGCCUUCCGCGCCGCGCACCCCGACCCCGAGGCGGCGGGCGUGGUCUUCGUGCUCCACAAGGUCUUCAGGAAGGCGGCGCCCUCUCCGCCGCGGCCGCCGCUUGUCUACUGCAGCGAGAGCGAGGAGGAGGAGGAGGAGGUGGUGGACCAGGAACUCGAUGAGUUGGUGCUGGACCUGCGGACGCUCACGGAGGGGAAAUAG